CUCCGGCUUUCAUACAAGGUAGUUGAGACAACAGCAGCCGGUGUCCUGUCCUGUCCUGAAGUGUUGUCCCCAGCACUAUUAUAUCCAGUUAGAAAGAUGUCGGUGGUCUGUGUCACCCUGAGCCGAAAUGUUUUGGCGAUCAGGAACUCUGGCAUGAUGGUGAUGGUGCGGUACGCUCAGACUGCAGCUGCUCCGGCUCCUGAACCCAAAAUCAAGAAGUUCCAGAUUUACCGCUGGGACCCUGAUAGCGCCGGAGACAAACCACGAAUGCAGACAUAUGAAAUUGAUCUAAACAGCUGUGGUCCAAUGGUUCUGGAUGCACUCAUUAAGAUUAAGAAUGAGAUCGACCCCACGCUCACAUUCAGACGCUCCUGUCGUGAAGGUAUCUGCGGCUCAUGUGCCAUGAACAUCAACGGAGGCAACACACUGGCAUGCCUCAACAAAAUCGACACAAACAUAAACAAACCAACAAAAAUCUACCCACUUCCACACAUGUAUGUGGUCAAAGAUCUGGUGCCUGAUAUGAGCAACUUCUAUGCACAGUACAAAUCCAUCGAGCCCUACCUGAAAAAGAAGGAUGAAGCUCAAGAAGGGAAGGAGCAGUAUUUCCAGUCGGUGGAGGACAGGCAAAAGCUGGACGGCCUGUACGAGUGCAUCCUGUGUGCUUGCUGCAGCACCAGCUGUCCCAGCUACUGGUGGAAUGGAGACAAAUAUCUGGGACCUGCUGUCCUGAUGCAGGCGUAUCGGUGGAUGAUUGACUCCCGUGAUGAGUUCACUGAGGAACGUCUGUCUAAACUUCAGGACCCCUUCUCUCUCUACCGCUGCCACACAAUCAUGAACUGCACUAAGACUUGUCCCAAGGGACUCAACCCAGGAAAGGCGAUCGCAGAGAUCAAGAAAAUGAUGGCGACUUACAAAGAGAAGAAAGCAGCAGCUUCAUGAACAUGUGAAAAUCCAGCUCAUCCACAGAUCCGCAAAGAACAUACCUCAAACUAAGAAAAGGGGAAGAGAAGAAACAAACCAGGAAGUGUUGCCUGCAUCAGCACCUUUUAUGUUUUUCAUGAGUGUAGCGUGUGUGUGAGUGUGACUGUGUAAGGGAGCAGACGACAGGAGGAAAAGGUGAUGGAAAGAACUCUUGGACAGAAUAUUUUGAGUGAUGCAACAUGUUGGACCACAUCUCUGCUAUUUGUGUGCAUAGUGAUAAAACUUGGCUCUGUUGUAAUUACUCAUGAACUCUGUAUUCAGACUGUAAAUAUUUUAAUAUUUGUUAAUUAAAGAUGUGCUGAGCUCAUUAUGGAAGUCAAAUAUAUGUCCUUGGAGGAGGGAAGAACACUGUAUCCUUUUGUUGAUUGUCUUUGCAGCUUAUAUCACAAUUUAAAAAAUGCUGAAGGAUCUAGGGACACAUUGUACAACGUAUUUGCCAAAAUGGCUCCCCAUGAAAAUAAAUAGCUCACUACAACAA